AUGGUUUACAGUGGAGAAAAGAAGCCGGGAUUACCUUUGCAUUCCAGGAUGAACCUGACUUUCACAGAUGGAAUCACAAACAAGCUUGUUGGUUGCCAUGUUGAUCAAGCUAUGGAAGAUGUUGUUCUAGUAAGAAUAUAUGGCAACAUGACAGAACUUUUUGUAGACCGCAACAAUGAGGUUAAAAGCUUUCAGGUUCUUCAUGCUCACCACCGUGCUCCAGAUCUUUAUUGUGCUUUUCAGAAUGGAAUAUGCUACGAAUUCAUCAAAGGAACAGUCUUAAACAUGGGGCUGCUCAGGGAGCCUUCCAUUUUCAGGCUUGUAGCCAAGGAAAUGGCUCAACUUCAUUCUGUGCAAACUGAUAAUUGCUAUCCUUCUGAACCUGUCCUUUGGAAGACGGUCUCCAACUUUUUUCAAAUUGUUCAUAUAUGCCUAUCGGGCACAUUGGCCCCCCAUUGUUCCGUGGAAAUGAAUGGUGUGCCAACUCUUGACAUUCUUGUCAGUGAAAUUGAAAGACUCAAAGAACACCUUUCCCAAGUUAAAUCCCCAGUGGUCCUGUGUCAUAAUGAUCUACUAUGUAAGAAUAUAAUCUACAUUGAAACACAAGGACUUGUUAAGUUCAUUGAUUAUGAAUAUACUGGCUACAACUACCAAGCAUAUGAUAUCGGAAACCACUUUAACGAAUUUGCAGGGGUGAGUGAAUUGGACUUCAGCAUGUACCCACCUAAGGAAAUGCAGCUAGAGUGGCUCAAGUCCUACCUGGAGGCGUAUAAAGAAUGUACCGGCUAUGAACCAGUGGUGACUGAUCUGGAAGUGCUGAAGCUCUAUGUACAAGUGAACAAAUUUACCUUGGCUUCACACUUUUCCUGGGGCCUCUGGGCAGUUCUCCAGGCAAGAUAUUCCACCAUUGAUUUUGAUUUCCUGAGAUACGCCAGAGAACGUUUCAAACAGUACUUCAAGAAGAAGAAUGACAUCCUGGCCUUGCAGCUUCCUUUGAACUCACAAACGGAGGCAAAGCACAACUACAACAGCAGCUAUGUCAUCACCAGGACUGUCAUCAAGCAGGACAUUGGCACUUUAAAGAUGCACCUCAGGUGCCUCGAACGCUCAGAUGAGGUUCUGCAAUAUACCCCAGCAAGGGUAUCGAGAAUAGUACUGAUGCGCUGCAUGCUGCACAGCAAUACGCAGCGGAGGGGCUUACAAAUCGAUGAUGACAAAGCCAUGGGCAGAUCUGAAGAUGACGAAAAUGAGGAGGAGGAAGGUCUUGUCCAUUCGGAAGAUUCCAAAAUGGCGGAGGAUGAGGAGGCCGCCAAGGACAGAGCAGCUGGGAAGCAUGGCCAUGUAGGCAGGGCUGACUCUGCGCAGGAGGGGAUCAUCAUCAGAUGGGUUCUUGCGCAAAACUGA